CCCGGCGGCGGCGGCGCGGCGGCGCCGCGCCUUCGCGGCCCCUCCGCGGCGCCCCCCCGCGCGGCGGCCGGGCCGCUGGCGGGCGCUGCUGGCCGCGGCCCCGCUGCUGGCCGUGCGCGGCCUCGGCGGCCGGCUGGCCUUCGCGGAGCUCGGCCUGCCGUGGCCCCUGAGGGGAUCUCUCGGCCUCCCAGACGGG